ACUCAUAAUAGCAACAAAACAAACAAAAGAACCAACGGUCAAGAUCUAACUCUCUCCGUACAAUCCAACGGUUUUCACUAAACUAGGUCAGAAAUAAACCGUGACUAACACACACACAAAAACCCAUAAACCCGACCCGUAUUUGUGAGUUUCCCACUAUAACCGGAUAAAAAACCCCUAAUUUUGACCUAAACUUUGCCAUUAAUAGAUAUCUCAAACACAACUCUCAAAACUUCCCCUGUUUGGUCCGAAACCGAAACUAACCCUAAUCUCACAUCACAUCACACAACACCACAUAGCCGCAAAAUUUAAUGGCAGACGUCAAGAUUCAAUCCGAAUCUGAAUCCUCGGAUUCUCAGCCCUUGGUGGUCGACAAUCAACCAUCUCCUCCUCCUCCUCCACCGCCGCAACCACCGGUUGAAGAAGAAGAGAAUCAACCAAAAACAUCUCCGACUCCGCCGCCACACUGGAUGCGUUAUCCACCACCGGUGCUAAUGCCUCCCCAGAUGAUGUACGCGCCGCCGCCACCUCAUCCGUUCUCUCCUUAUCAUCAAUAUCCGAGUCACCACCUUCACCAUCAAUCUCGUGGUAAUAACAACAAUAAGCAUCAAAACGCUUCUAAUGGUGAGAAUAAAACCAUUUGGGUUGGUGAUUUGCAUCAUUGGAUGGAUGAGACUUAUCUUAAUUCUUCUUUUGCUUCCGCUGACGGCGAGAUACAGAUUGUUUCGGUGAAGGUGAUCCGUAAUAAGCACAAUGGUUUAUCAGAAGGAUAUGGAUUUGUGGAGUUUGAUUCCCAUGAUGUAGCUGAUAAGGUUUUGCAGGAGUUUAAUGGAACGACUAUGCCUGAUACUGAGCAACCUUUUCGUUUAAACUGGGCUAGUUUUAGUACCGGUGAGAAGCGGUUAGAGAAUAAUGGACCUGAUCUCUCUAUUUUCGUGGGGGAUUUGGCUCCGGAUGUUUCGGAUACUUUGCUGCACGAAACGUUCUCUGAGAAGUAUCCGUCGGUUAAAGCUGCGAAGGUUGUCAUUGAUGCUAAUACUGGAAGAUCAAAGGGGUAUGGGUUUGUGAGGUUUGGUGAUGAAAAUGAAAGGACCAAAGCAAUGACUGAGAUGAAUGGUGUUAAAUGUUCUAGUAGAGCUAUGCGUAUCGGUCCUGCUACCCCGAGGAAGACUACUGGUUAUCAACAACAAGGUGGAUACAUGCCGAAUGGUGCCUUGACGCGUCCUGAAGGGGACACAUUGAACACAACAAUAUUUGUUGGAGGACUUGACUCUAGUGUCACUGACGACGACCUAAGGCAACCUUUCUCUGAAUUCGGGGAAAUAGUCUCUGUCAAGAUUCCUGUUGGCAAAGGAUGCGGAUUUGUUCAAUUUGUUAACAGACCAAGUGCAGAGGAGGCUUUGGAAAAACUCAAUGGAACUGUAAUUGGCAAACAAACAGUUCGGCUGUCUUGGGGCCGUAAUCAAGCCAAUAAGCAGCCUAGAGAUAAGUAUGGAAACCAAUGGGUUGCGCCGUACUACGGAGGACAGUAUUACAAUGGGUAUGGAUACAUGGUACCGCAACCUGACCCGAGAAUGUAUCCCGCUACACCUUACGGAGGAGGGUAUCGAAUGUACGGUGGUCAUCAGCAACAAGUUAGCUGAGGAAACUAAAAGCUCAAUCUGAGCAUCUAUCUAUAGGACAACAAAAACUCACUCAGGUUAGGUGAUGUUAGGAGGUACAAGGCAAAAAUGGUUUGCUUCUUGUCACUCCUUGAGUUUAGGGUUUAUCAUCUAGUGGACAUCGAAUUUUGGUGGAAACCAUACAGUAAUUUAGGGGACUUGGAUUUGAUUGAUUAAUUUGAUUUGUUUCUUCUGAUGCUUUUGACUAUUGAACUUAUUGAUCAAAGAAGAAAUGAGUUGCACCUAUUGAUUAUUA